AUGGCUUCCAUAACUCACACUCCGUUCUCACAAUGCAUCUCUCCCAUCGCUCUCCGUUCCUACCUCGCCGAGUUCCUCUCUACCUUCAUCUUCGUCUUCUCCGCCGUCGGUUCCUCCAUCUCUGCCAGAAUGCUAACACCGGAUGCCACGUCAGACUCCUCGGCUCUGAUUGCGACGGCAGUGGCACAAGGGUUCGCAUUGUCUGCGGCCGUGUUCAUCUCCGGCGAGGUUUCAGGCGGUCACGUUAACCCGGCAGUGACGUUUGCUAUGACCCUCGGUGGCCACAUCCCCAUCCCUAACGCCGUCUUCUACUGGAUUUCCCAAAUGCUCGCCGCCACCUUCGCCUCCCUUCUCCUCCGCCUCGCCUCCGCCGGCCAGGCGAUACCAACAACACGGAUAGCAGCGGAUAUGACUGGGUUCGGAGGGGCAGUUCUGGAAACAGUGACGACCUUCACUCUAGUUUGA